AUGCAUUCAAAUAGAAGACAUGCCCUCAUAGUCGACCUCCCGGUGACCGACAUCUCAUCAACCACUCCACUACAGGAGAGACCAUUACGAGCGCCCGAUGUUGUGGAACGGGGUGUCAGUGGAAGUCUACCUCAAAGUAAACGCCGAAAACAUUCACAUAAUGAAGACAUAUUGACGCCAAUCAAUGAAUCCAUUGCUACGGAAACCAAAGCACCGGAUGGUAGGGAACGGUUGUCGACUUGGCCUCAAAUGCCUAACAUUUCCAGUACUGACACAAACCUAAUGACACGCUUUCGUCACAAUGAAUCGAUUAAUAAAAGUCAAUAUAAUAGUGAAAUUCUGGCGCAUAAAACGCCUGUCCCUCAAGAGUCCACUAUUUCAAGCACCGACACCACCACUGCCUCAUUGGAUAACACGUGCCAUAAUGAUUCAGAUUCUGAUAUUGAAAUUAUUGCUCAAAUAGUGACGAUCGCUAACACAUCAAAUACUAUCCAAACGCCAUCGAAGACAACACUCAAUGAAAGCCCGGAGUUAGAGGACGGGGAACUCAUAUCAGACACAACUAACACUUCACUCACUGAUGCAAAUCAUAAUGAUUCAAUGGAUACACAAACGGAACCAUUGGAACCAAUGGAUUCCAAACCCAAGAAUAUGAGUACCACUACUGGCACUGCUAUUAAUAAUAGUGAUCAAAUUCCUGCACAAAAUGCUGAUCCGUCGGAACCACGAGAUCCCAGACUCAGGAAUAGGUCGACCACUUCCAGCACUGCCAAUAGGGCAUCGAAUGGCGUUCGUUUGUCAGGCACCGGGAUGCAAGGGCUCGGAUUUGUAUGCAGCGACAGUGAAUGUGGACAGUUGUUUAACACUAAUGAACGCAAUGUAUUCGUGUUGUACACCCGGAGUUGGUACAAUACCUCUGACCAAACCAUGACAUACCUGUGCCAUUACCCCGACUGUGAUAAGCGUUUUCCUGUCGAGAUCUUAUCGUUACACAAACUUCUCGACCAUAAACUACAAUACGACUGCAAAAGCAAAGGCUGCCACGAAGUGUUUACCACCGAAUUACAGCUCAAGACCCAUAACAUGACUGUCCACUCGCCGGUGACCAGCUUUGUGUGCGGUUUUAUAGGCUGUGGACAGACGUUUGACCACAAAUCGGAGUUUAUUGCUCACAAAGACACACACCCUCAGCCAAUGCAAAGCACUGUAUGUACUGAUUUAGCACCAGCUCCGGAAAUUAAAUGCGAUAUGAAUGAGUGCGCCCAGGUAUUCAAGUCAGUCUUUGAUCUUCAUCUCCAUAAGGCUGCCAUCCAUUACGACUCUUUCACUCCUCACAAACGAAUGGACCAUAAACUGCAAUAUGACUGCAAAAGCAAAGGCUGUCACGAAGUGUUUGAAACGGAAUUACAGGUUAAGACCCAUAGCUUGAUGGCCCACCGGCUGCGGUAUACGUGCCAUUACCCUGGCUGUGGACAGGCGUUUAACUCACUGUUACAACUGAGUGAUCACAAGAAUGAGACGCAUAGUGAGAGUCCGCCGCCAAUGGUUAGGGCUGUUGAGUGCGAGUACGCCGGUUGUGGGCAAGUGUUCAAAACGGUGUUUGAAUGCAAUCUUCAUAAGCUAACUGUCCAUAACUACACAACUCUACAACUAUUGGCUAAUCCAGUAGUGGAGCCGAUGCCCAAUACAUCGGCCGAACUCUUGCCAAACAAAUGCGACGAAUGCCGGCUUGGGUUCAAAGAGCUACAGGCGCUCAUCAAUCAUAAGAUCGCUGUUCAUAACGCCGAUCCGUUCACAUGCGGGAAGUGUGGUAAACGGUUCGCGAAGGAAGUGGAGCUGGAAAUACACGACAAAAGUAUUCACAUUUCGGGUACAAUACGAUUCAAAUGUGCGAAAUGCGGCAAAAAGUUCAUUAGCUCGGGCGCUAUGGAGGGACACCUAAAAGUUGUUCACAAAGUGGUGGUCAUAGACGCAAAACAGUGUAAUAUCUGUGGCCGAGUGCUUAAGUCCGUCGAGGGUUUGUUGACCCAUAAAAAGGUUAAACACCCAGGUCAUGCCUGA